GCUACUUUUGAUUACCCAUCAGAGGCUUGUACAUCUAGCUUCCCCCAUCCUGCAAGGCCACUCAGCCAGGUGCCAGAUGGAGUAAUCUUUAUUCACAAUGUCUUUACAAAGGCUUCUGCAGCAAAGCAGCAAUGGCAAUUUGGUGGACUACUGCACCGGUCCUGCGUAUAGCUCUUCCCCUGCACUCACAAGCAGUCUCAGGAUGGACGACAACAGGAGGAUUCAAAUGCUGGCAGACACAGUGGCUACUUUGCCUCGGGGGCGAAAGCAGCCUGCUUUGACUAGAUCAAGUUCUUUGGGUGACUUUUCCUGGUCUCAAAGAAAGUUUGUAACUGUGGAAAAGCAGGACAAUGGAACAUUUGGAUUUGAAAUUCAGACCCAUAGCCUCCAGAACCAGAACUUUUGCUCCUUGGAAGUGUGCACUCUGAUCUGCAAAAUACAGGAGAACAGUCCAGCUCACUGUGCUGGCCUGCAAGCCGGUGAUGUCCUUGCAAAUAUCAAUGGAGUGAGCACAGAAGGCUUUUCCCACAAGCAAGUGGUUGACCUGAUCAGAGCAGCAGGAAACCUGCUAAGGAUAGAGACUCUUAAUGGAACAAUGAUUCUCAGGAAAGCAGAACUUGAAGCAAAGAUGCAGGAUUUAAAGCAAACCUUGACGAAAAAAUGGGUGGAGUUCAAGUCUCUGCAGUUACAGGAACAGCGCCUGCUUCAUGGUGAUGCUGGUAACAGCCCGAGUUUGGAAAACAUAGACAUGGAUGGUUUGGCUACUUUUGGGACCCUGCCUGAGCCAGGCGCAGCCCUUGUGGAAUGGAAUAGGUUAUCCAGUGAGAGCAGCUGUAAGAGCUGGCUGAGCUCCAUGACAGUGGACAGUGAGGACGGCUCCCAGACCUGUGUGUCUGAGGACUCAGGCAGGGGGGCCUUCAGCCGGCAGACCAGCACUGAUGACGAGUGCUUUGUCUAUAAGGAGGGGGAUGAUUUCACGAGGAGGUCUUUGUCAAGGAGGAACCGGAGCGUCAGCACAACCAGCAGUGGAUCCAUGUCCCCGUUAUGGGAGAACAAUUACUCAAGCGUGUUUGGGACUCUGCCCCGGAAGAGCAGAAAGGGAAGUGUCCGGAGACAACUCUUGAAAUUCAUCCCUGGCCUUCACAGAGCUGUGGAAGAAGAAGAAAGUCGCUUUUGAUGGCCGUUGGUUCCUGUCCAAGUUAGCUUAUUUUAUAAAUGUCUCUAGACUCGCCUAGAGCAACUCCACCCAAUUUGGUGGGAAAAUACAGAUAAAUUGUGAAACGGACAGCCCAUUUCACAAGGAACAAUGACCUUUAUUUAAAAUUUUACAUCAUUGUUUUUACUUCUUAAAUCAUUUUUCAACCACUGCAGCUCAAGUUCUAAGCAGACAUUAGAGAAUUUAAAUAAGUUAAAUAAUAUAACUAGUGCAAAUGCCUGCUCAUUCUAAUGCUGCCUGUGAAAUCACCAAUGCUUGUUUUCUAGAUUAUCCAUAUGAGAAAUUGAGAACCUUUCAGAGUCAGGUGUGAAUAGGGAGUGACAGAAUAUAAUUAUCUGGUCUACUUUCACAGGAUGAUUUGGUACAUUACAAACUUUGCUUUAGCUCAACAUCAUCUAGGAAGCCUUAAUGGUAGGUAUUUUGAGUGUUUCUGUUCAAGUCUUUAAAGAGUUAUAAACAAAGAUGACAUUAGCCCUUUCUCACAUAUGUAGUAACAAUAAAUCAAAAAAGCACAAGAUUUAGUAUAACGAAUUAAGAUUCAUGAGAAGCAUAAAAAGAUAGGAUCUGAGAAGGGUGCUGAAGAAGACUCAUAAUAAGAUCUUCUUUAUAGACAGCUGAAAAAUAAGUGGAGUCUCUUUCUUUUUAGUUCACUCUUUGCUCUGACUGAACACUGAUGGCAAGGCUAGAACACUCAGGACCCUAUGCCUUCGUGAGUACAGAUAUAUGAAAAUCCAAAAAGCGAGGUUUGGGAAAAAACCAAAAAGGGGAAAAUCCAAAAAGUGAGGUUUGGGAUUUUUGUCCUAUAGAUUUUUUUCACAUGAUUCCUCACUGUAUAUUCCAAAUAAUUAUCACCUUAGCAUGCUUUUACCUAUUACUUAUAUUUGUAUCAAGUACUUCCAGCUUUUCAAUCAUGCUAUAUUUUAUUCACUAUCCAUUAAAGCCUAUAUUUUCUUUGUUCUGGUGAUAUGGCUGCUCUCUUCCUGUACUAUGGGCUGUAUGACAGAGACAGAGAGAGACAGAGACAGAGAGAAAGAGAGAGGAAGAGAGAUAGAGUGAUGAGGAGAAAUAGACAUAGGUGGGUAGAACUGGUACACUUAAGUAAAGUUCUGAUUAAUCCACAGGAUGAAUCAUUUUGAGGAGAAACGUAUGAGAUAAGCAAGGUUUGAGGGUAAGAAAUAAAUAAUAAACUCUAAAAAUAUUUCUAA